AUGGCACCCUCUCUCUGGCGCAGGCCGGGCACAAAGACCUUUCAGCUCGUUCACCGCUCCCAGCGCGACCCGCUCAUUAACGACCCCUCGGCAUCCGACCGCGUGCUCAAGCUCGUAGACAGGUCCCAAAAGAAGCACCGCGGCGAUGGAGCCACUUCGUACGCCGCUUCCGAGUUUGCCGGUGUCGAGGACGACGAGGAGGAUGCCAAGCUUGCGGCUGGGGAUGCCGCAGCUUACGGUAUCUUCUACGACGACGCCGACGAAUACGACUACCUCCAGCACUUGCGAAGCGUUGGCGGCGGUGGCGAGAGCUACCUGAUCGAGGCGCCCUCUCAACAGGACUCGAAGCACAAGGGCAAGGGGAAGGCGAAAGAGCUGGGCGGAUUCGAGCUGUCGGAGGAGGCGCUUCGGAGGCAGGACGCCCAGCAGAGCGGCGCGCCUGCACCCUUCGAGAUGCCCGAGGACGUCUUGCCGUCCCACCCGCUCGACGAGGUCUCGUACGACAAGAUCAUGGCGUCCAAGGCCCCCGAGCGCGGGCUGAUGCCCGACCUCGACCCGAGCAUUCGUGAGGUUCUCGAGGCGCUCGACGAUGAGGCGUAUGCUGCCGACGACGGGGCGGGGACGGACGACGAGGACGAGUUCUGGAACGGCGUGCUCGAGGGUGGAGAGGUGCAGGACAAGAGCGAGCAGGUUUGGGAGGAUGACGAGGCGGAAGGGGUCGCCGAGGGCGUCGAGAAGCUCGCGCUGGAUGGGGAGGAGGGAGCGGGAGGCGCAGACGACCAGUGGGCGGCGCUCAAGCGGUUCAAGGCGGCGGGCGGAGCGGGCGCCGCCGCGUCGGACGACGAGGACGACGAGGACUACGGUUCGGAGGGCGGCGACACCAUCGCCGACUUGCGCGCGACGCUCGCCACGGCGAAGCGACCAUCUCGCAAGAGCGGAAUGAGCGCCGCGGGCUCGGCGUUCUCCAUGUCCAGCUCGGCCAUGUUCCGCAACGAGCAGCUGCGAACGCUCGACGACCGCUUCGACCAGAUCGAGAAGCUGUACGAUGAGGAGUCGGACGACUCGUGGGGCGAAGGCUCAGACGACGACGAAGGACCCGACCCCUCCAUCCUCCCUCAAGGUGCCGCCCGCGACGACCUCGAGCGCAUCAUGGACGACUUCCUGGCGAAGUACGAAGUCAUCGGCGGCAAGUACCGACCGGCGCUUGAGCCUCUCGCGGGCGGCGGCGCAGGAGACGACUCGAUCGCUGCGAACACCUCGCGGUUGGACCGAUUGCGGGCGGAGUUGGCGAAGCUGGAUUUGGGUGAGGAGGAAGAGGGAGAGGAUCCCGAGGUGACGGCGCGGCGACGAGAGAAAGAGCGGAUUUUGGCGAUUGUUGAGCGGCAGCAGCUGGAGGAGUCGAGCAGGAAGAAGAAGGACCGGCUGCCGAUGGUCACCAUCAUUGAAGACCAGCAGAAGGAGCGAUGGGACUGCGAGACGGUGCUCAGCACCUACUCGAACCUCUCGAACCACCCUCGCAUGCUCCGCCUUCGCGACUCACGGGGUCCCCAGCCUGCACAGAUCAAGAUUGACCCGAAGACUGGAUUCCCUACGGUCAACGGCGAGACUGUCUUUGACGGUCGACCAAGCGCGAAGAAGGACGGAGACACGAUCAUGGAGGAGGACGAGCCGGAAGAGGACGAGGAAGAGGAGGAGGAGUAUGUCAUCCGCGAGACUGUCAAGCGACCACGAGCCGAGACCGCCGACGACAAGAAGGCUCGCAAGGCAGCAGUGAAGGCGGAGCGAGCAGCACGGCGGCAGGAGAAGAAGGGUACGAAGGAGGCGUUCGAGAGCGAGACGAAGCGGCAGAAGCGGAUUCAGGGGCGGAGGGUCGCGGAGGGAGGUGCGGCGGACAUCCGGUCCGGACAAGUUGGUGUGCGCAGGCUUGCUUAG